UCCAAUGCUCCUCUAGCCUUCAGCUCCACCUUGGCUCUUUCCCGAUUCCCCCGCUAUUUCUUCCAUAAUUACAAACUAACCCCCAAAAGCAGAUUCUAUAUACACUCAGAUCCUUCCCCAACAAGGAAACAAAAAAAAAAAGGCUACUCGCAAAUGGUGGGAAGCUCUACGGUAGGACUCGGAACGAUGUCAUCUGCUCCAUUACCCAACGGAAAAUCAGUAAUGGAGGAUACUCAGACCGUAAGGGACGUCGAUUACUUCGAUCCGAUGGCGGUGGUGUCAGAGCCGGUCCCGCCAGUGGCUGUGGAAUCGGUAGUGGAUCGUGGAGAUGCUGAGGGGGCCGAAGUCAAUGGAGACAAGGCGGAGAAGAGAGAGAUUGUCCUUGGACGGAACGUGCAUACCACUUGCCUCGCCGUCACGGAGCCGGACGCCGACGACGAGUCUACCGGAGAUAAAGAGGCCUACAUGGCUAGUGUCUUGGCUCGCUACCGGAAAACUCUUAUUGAAAGAACCAAGCACCAUUUAGGGUAUCCAUAUAAUUUGGACUUUGAUUAUGGAGCUCUUGCUCAGCUGCAGCAUUUCUCCAUUAACAAUCUUGGAGAUCCUUUUAUAGAGAGCAACUACGGCGUCCACUCAAGACAGUUUGAAGUGGGUGUUUUGGAUUGGUUUGCUAGGUUGUGGGAAAUUGAGAAGAGUGAAUAUUGGGGAUAUAUCACUAACUGUGGUACUGAGGGCAAUCUUCAUGGAAUCAUUGUUGGGAGAGAAGUCCUUCCUGAUGGAAUUCUGUAUGCAUCAAGAGAAUCUCACUAUUCUGUCUUCAAGGCAGCACGAAUGUACAGAAUGGAAUGCGUAAAGGUGGAUACCUCAGUCACUGGCGAGAUAGAUUGUGCAGAUUUCAAGACUAAGCUGCUUGUUAACAAAGAAAAGCCAGCGAUCAUCAAUGUAAACAUAGGAACCACGGUUAAAGGUGCUGUUGAUGAUCUUGAUCUUGUGAUACAGACUCUUGAAGAAUGUGGUUUUUCACAUGAUAGAUUUUACAUCCACUGCGACGGAGCUUUAUUUGGUCUUAUGAUGCCAUUUGUAAAGCGUGCACCAAAGGUAACUUUCAAAAAGCCUAUUGGAAGUGUAAGUGUUUCUGGCCACAAGUUUGUUGGCUGUCCAAUGCCAUGCGGUGUGCAGAUCACUAGGCUAGAGCACGUCAAUGCCCUCUCCAGGAAUGUAGAGUAUCUUGCUUCUAGAGACGCUACGAUAAUGGGAAGUAGGAAUGGCCAUGCUCCAAUCUUCCUGUGGUACACCCUUAACAGGAAAGGGUACAAGGGCUUCCAGAAGGAAGUCCAAAAGUGUCUUAGAAAUGCUCACUACUUGAAGGAUCGCCUAAGACAAGCUGGAAUAAGUGCCAUGCUCAAUGAGCUGAGCAGCACAGUUGUAUUUGAGCGGCCACGGGAUGAGGAGUUUGUUCGUCAGUGGCAACUUGCUUGUCAGGGAAAUAUGGCACAUGUUGUUGUGAUGCCAAAUGUCACGAUUGAGAAGCUGGAAGGCUUCUUGGAUGCAUUAAUUGAAGGACGUUCAAUAUGGUACAAAGAUGAUAAAGUAAAGCCUCCGUGUCUUGCCGCUGAGAUAGGAAGUGGGAACUGUUCCUGUCCUCUUCACAAGUGAAACAUUUGAUAGGACUCUUAAAAGUCUCCGUUAGUUUGUCUUCAGCAGUCACUUCAUUUGUGUAAUGUUUGUUUGAACAUGGCAGUAUAGCUUGUAUUUCAAACUGUAUUCCAUUUUAAUUCUACUUUUGAAUAUCUAGGAGUGCUAAAUCUGCUUCCAUGAGGGAGAAAGUUGACCUGUU